AUGGCUGAGGCGGUCGGUGUCGCUUUGGGAGCGUUGGCUCUGUUGAGCGCGUUCAAGGACUGCAUCGAUCUCUUUUCAACCAUUUCUGCGGCGAAGUCGCUAGGUGUCGACUGUGAAAUCCUGAACACGAAGCUGGAUAUCGAGAAAACCCUCCUACUCCAAUGGAUAGAUCGCGUGAGACUUCUCGAUCCCUCGGAUUACGACCGGCGUCUCGAUGAUCUAAGAAUCAACAAAGCCGUUUCGUCGAUCCUUACCAGUAUACGGCUUCUAUUAAGUGAUAGUGCUAAUCUCCAAAACCGCUAUGGUAUGAAGCCUGUGGAGAGGGAGACAGCCAUCAUCCCAACAAUCAGCUGGCCACGAAUGAAUCAAUUUAUGCAGGAACUCGAGAACUUGUCAUUGCGCUAUCAUGCUUCGCUAUGGAGUUGGCCGAUCAAGCAACGUUUCUAUUGGGUCGUCAGGAACAAAGAAAAGUUCUCUGGUUUUGUCCAACAACUCUCUAGCUUCGUCAGCAAACUAAACGCUGUCAUACCGGCCAUCCAAGAACCUGUCGACGUUAUGACCAGAAAGGAUCUCGAGAGUAUUCAAAAUCUUCGUCAAGUGCAACUUGUCCUAGAGGCGGCUAAGAAACACGAAACGGGUGUAGCAGAUCUCGCCCAGAAAAACAUUUCGCAACGAUGUCAAGAGCGUGUCCUCGAACGCUUGUGGUAUCGUAUGAUUGACGAGAGAAAGAACAAUGUGGCUGAGGCGCAUUUUAAGAUCCUCCAAUGGGCUCUACACCCGCCUACGCCUGAGGUUGAUUGGGAUGACUUGUCUGAAUGGCUGCGGUCUGGCUCAGGUAUCUACUGGGUAUCAGGCAAAGCUGGAAGCGGUAAGUCGACCUUAAUGAAAUAUCUCUAUCAACAUCCUGAAAUCCAGACCCUUCUCGAGACUUGGGUGCCUGGCCGGCGGCUUGUCAUGGCCAAUUUCUUCUUCUGGCAUCAUGGAACUCCGGAGCAGAAAACUCACGAAGGCUUGUCCCGAGGCCUAUUGUACCAUGUCUUGGAGGCAGAUCAUUCGCUGAUUCCGCGAAUUCUGCCAACGAUGUGGCGGGAGGCACAUGAUGCUGGGAAAGCUAACCUAGAACUGCCAUCUCCGGGAGAGAUAGCAGAAGCUUUCUCAAAAUUGAAGUCUGAAAUCACAAAGGACAAAUUCUGUUUCUUCAUUGACGGUCUUGACGAGUACGCCGGAAAUCCCAUGACCGGCAUUGCCUUCAUCAACAGUCUGGCGUCAAGCGGUAACAUCAAAGUCCUCGUCUCGAGCAGACCAACACCAGCGUGGGUUCAAGCAUUCUCUAGCAGACCAAAGGUUCAGCUUCAAGACCUUACCAGGGACGAUAUCAAGACAUAUGUUGAUGAUGCAAUCGGUUCUCAUCCGCAUGUUCAAGAUCUCAUGACCAUGGAGCCUCAGAUUAUACAGAGAAUCCUCGAAGAUCUUGUGGACAAGGCAUCAGGAGUAUUUCUCUGGGUAGUUCUUGCCUGCCGGUCAUUGCUGGAAGGAUUUGCCGCCUUUGACUCUCCCAACGAACUUCAGCAAAGAGUGGAUGAGCUACCACCCGAACUCGACAGUCUAUUCAAACACAUGUUAAACAAGAUCGAACCGCGCUAUCAGGUCCAAGCAGCAAAACUCCUGAGAAUCUGCUACCAAAGGAAAGCAUAUCCAGAAGUAGAACCGCAUACGCGGAUUGGAAGUCCUUUAUCUGUAUGUAUCUCCGAGGGCAUUUACACGCUUGGUUUGGCAUUGGUCGAUGAGCACGACUUGGACAUGAGACGUGUUCCCAGUCUGCGCCCAUUAUCACUUGAGGAGAAACGAAUGAGAUGUAAGAUGCUUGAAGCACGAAUGAGGAGCAGAUAUUGUGGUCUGCUAGAAGUUCACAGGAGCAAAGGACGAAACUACCGUUGCUUCUGCGGGCAUAUCAGUAUGCCAACAGGCCGCUCCUUCCGUACUGGUACCGACCGGUAUCGUAAUGCCACAACAAUUAAUGGCCCGGUUGAUGGCCUGGUUGAUUCGAUGUUUGGGGACUCGGGUGCCUUCAAAUCCCAGAUGACAACUUUUGACGCAAAUGGUGUUCUCUCCAGAAUGAACCUUUACCUAGCCUAUGUCAGCACAACAGAUGGGCCAGUAAAAACCACACAAGUCAACGAGUUGACCAGAGAGGCACUUCUCUGCGCCAAAUAUGCUGACGAAGCCUUCAGCGAAGCGACGGCAUCUAUACUCUACAGCUUCUCGCAAAUGACUUUCGAUCUCAUCAAAAGUCUGUGCAAGGAAGUUGGCUUCGCUGAUGACUUCCCUUUCUUUGCCGAGGUCAAGAAACAUGUACGCCCCUCCGAGAAGGCCAACGGGCAACUUGCAUCGGUCCUUGCUGUGGAGUUGGGCAUGGUGAACAUGGCUGAACACAUGGGAACGCUGGGAAUAUUAUCUUACACUCAGAAGACACCAUUACUAUCGCAUGCCAUUGACAGGCCGUUCUCCAGCUGGCUACCAUCAUUUGGGCUCGACGUCUCACCCGAUAUGGUUGCACUCCUUCUUUCGAAAGGAUUUGAUCCAAACAUGACAUUCACUGGCUCCUCAUGCGCCCAGACCACCCCCUGGAAAUGUUGGCUACUGUACAUGCAAUACUCCUUUGACCUUAGAUCAGCCUCCAUCGCUGCGGAAGUCACCGAGCUUUUUCUUAAAGCGAGUGCGGAUGUGGACGUACAAGUUCCAGGAAUCGUGUAG